AUGAGGGAUCUUAUAGUGCUGAGUGGCUCCUCAAAUCCACAACUGACGGCCAGGAUCUGUAAACAGCUAGGUGUUCCCAAAGGUGAAGUUAUAUCUACGAAAUUUGCGAACGGUGAGACCUCUGUCACUGUAGUUGAUUCAGUGAGAGAAAAAGAUGUAUAUAUCGUCCAAUCUGGCUGUGGUCACACAAACGACAACUUCUUUGAGUUACUGAUCAUGAUAUCGGCUUGCAAGACUGCCUCUGCGAAACGGGUGACAGCAGUGCUUCCUCUUUUUCCUUACUCCCGUCAGCCAGAUCUUCCGUACAACAAGAAUGGUUACUCAGUAAACGGAAAGAGAGAAUUUGAUAGCUCUCCAGGAACUCCAAUUCCAAAUAGCACUGCCAGUGAAUCCACUGAUUAUCUGACCUCUAGUGUCGUUAAGGAUACCUCUAAUGACAUGCGCAAGUCAACGCUCAUUAACCAACCAGUUCCUACUCCAACUGCCUCAUCAUCGUCUUCCCUUUUGAACAAUAAUAAUACAGACGAUAGUCCAACAUAUAAGGAAUGGAUUGCUCAGUCUGGAACUUUGGUUGCCAACUUAUUAACCACUGCAGGUGCUGAUCAUAUUAUUACCAUGGAUCUGCAUGACCCUCAAUUUCAAGGUUUCUUUGAUAUCCCAGUCGAUAAUUUGUACUCAAAGCCGCUGUUGCAGCAUUAUAUUGCUAACAACAUUCCGGAUUUCCAGAACGCUGUUGUUGUUUCUCCCGAUUCUGGUGGUGCUAAGAGAGCUAUUGCCGUUGCUGACCAAUUGGGUAUGUCCUUUGCUUUAAUUCACAAGGAGCGUAGAUACAGGAAACUGAUCAACCCGACUACGCUUGACCAAUCUCUUUUGAUAAGCUCCACCAUCACUCCAUCUAAUAGUAAUAAAGUCAUUGCCACCACCAUGUUGGUAGGUGACGUGGCUGGAAAAGUAUGUGUUCUUAUUGAUGAUUUAGUCGACACAUCCUAUACAAUUACCAGGGCGGCAUCCUUAUUGAAGGAUCAGGGAGCCACAUAUGUAUAUGCAUUAGUCACACAUGGUGUGUUUUCAGGAGAUGCAAUCAAUAGAAUCAACGACUCAGCUAUUGAUAAGAUCAUCACCACUACAUCGACUCCACAGGAUGGUCAUGCGAAGCAACUUGGUACUAAGCUAGAAGUCCUUGAUGUUUCAAGGAUUCUUGCAGAAGCAAUUAGAAGGAUUAACAAUGGAGAAUCGGUAUCUAUGUUGUUUGAACAUGGAUGGUGA